CCGUUUCCAUUGGCCUCGAGUAUAUUAAUAUUAAGAAUAACGCUAACACUCCAAGCUGUGCCCGUGCUUGCUGAUAAUGGUUGGGACUGUUACUCUACAAUAGCAAAAUCUUGAAAAUCCGUUUCAUUUCUUCAAGGCCCCUUCUCUCUCUCUCUCUCUCUCUCUCGGUGGCGCCAUGGACGAGCAAGGAGGCAGCACCAGAAGCGGCCAGAAAAAUGGCAACGGCAACAAUAUUAUCGACGAGUUCUUGGACACGAGCAAAGCGGAGAGAGCAAUGUGGCUCAUGAAAUGCCCUCCCCUCGUCUCUCGCUCUCUCCAGUCUCCUCCGGAUGCGCCCGACCCUGCUCGCCCUGUCGCCAAAGUCGUCCUCUCCAUCGACCCACUCCGCUCCAACGAUGACUCCUCUCCUCAGUUCACCAUGGAAUUGGCUGGCACUGAAUCUGGACAUAUACCCAAGUGUUACUCUAUGGAUAUGUCUAAAGACUUCAUUCCAAUGUCUGUGUUUUCUGAGUCAUCACAAGGGAAGUGUUCUGUGGAGGGAAAAAUACUGAACAAAUUUGACAUGAAGCCCCAUAACCAGGAUAUUGAGAACUAUGGGAAACUCUGCCGUGAAAGAACAAAUAAAUAUAUGACUAAGAGUAGACAGAUACAGGUGAUCGACAAUGAUAAUGGGGCUCAUAUGAGGCCUAUGCCAGGGAUGAUUAGUGUGGCUUCUGGACCGAGUGAUAAGAAGAAAAUGCCAGCUAAGGGCUCAGACGUGAAAAGAACAAGAAGGGAUCGCGGUGAAAUGGAAGAAAUUAUGUUUAAGCUAUUUGAAAGGCAACCAAAUUGGACUUUAAGACAGCUUAUCCAGGAGACAGACCAACCUGAACAAUUUAUGAAAGACAUACUCAAAGACCUGUGUGUCUACAAUAACAAGGGAGCUAACCAAGGAUCUUAUGAGCUGAAGCCGGAAUACAGGAGAACAAAUGAGGAGCCAACUCCCAAAUAGGUCACAGAUUAUAGAUUUACUCCAUAUGGAGAAUUUUGGUACUGAAUUAUAUAAGU